AUGAAGGUCAUGUGCAUGUCUGUGACCAACACAGUGAAACUGGGAGUGCAGACUGCAGCUACAUCCACUCUGUUUCCUCUCCUUACAGGCCAGUCAAACCUGAUCUGUUCACCUCAACCAAUCGUAGCCGUCGCUGGUGAUGAUGUCGUUCUACCGUGUCGCCUCGAUCCUCCCAUCAGUGCCAGUUCCAGGACAGUGGAGUGGACCAGACCCGGCUCAGACCCCGAGUACAUCCACGUCCACCAAGAGGGACGCCUGGUGCAUCACAGUCAGAAUCCUCUGUAUAACUACCGCACAGCUCUGUUUGUGGAUCAGCUGAUCAACGGAAACGUCUCCCUCAAGCUCUUCAGGGUCAAAGCCUCCGAUGCAGGGAAAUACAAAUGCUUCCUUCCCUCGUUAUGGAAUGAAGCUUUCAUCCAACUCAACAUUGGUGCUGUCUCCUCGCCCACCAUCAGUUUAGCAGGGAUCGAUAAGGCCAGCAGUGGAGUGGUGUUAGACUGUGAGUCCAGAGGCUGGUAUCCAGAGCCGGAGGUGUUGUGGCUGGACGCUGAGGGAAACCUCCUCUCUGCUGGACCUACAGAGACAGUCAGAGGUCCUGAUGACCUCUAUACUGUCAGCAGCAGAGUGACUGUGGAGAAGAGACACAGCAACAGCUUCACCUGUAGAGUCCAACAGAAGAACACCAACCAGACCAGAGAGACACACAUCACUGUUCCAGAUGAUUUCUUUAAACUCCAGUCCUGUUCAUCUCCCACCAUUACUGGUCUGGCUGUUAGUUUGGCUGUUUGCAUUCUGUUACUUCUCAUUGUUGUGUGUAAAUGGAGAAGAUCCAAAUAG